GGCAACAUAACGCGUUCUCAGUAACAGAGGCGCCUGGGAGUUUAAGCGGUGUGUACAAGACUCACUAAAUUUAGUAAAGUUUAUCACACCCUUAAUAAUAGAGAGAAUUAAUUUCUUUACACCCACUCCUGAGUAAAGAAUGUUAACGUGUUUUCCUAAAGAAAGAAAAAACACUCUGGAAGAUGGACUUUAAUGAAUUCAACACCUCACUGGACUCAAAAAGAAGCAGUAGUAAUGAUGACUGUCAGUCUUCUGUUGAACGAGAAACAUGUGAAUUGAAUAAUGUUGAUGAAAAUGCUGCUCACAUCUCCGAAAGCAAAGAACCAGAUCCGGAGCCAACUGAACUAUCCUCACAUAUUAUCCAUACCCACGCACAUCGCAAUGCUGAUUCCAGUUACACAGUCACCUGUACAGUCAGCAUGGUGCUGGCUGUGCCUAGAGGUUAUGAAGAUGAUCCAGUUAUAGACGCAGAGAAAAAGAAUAAAGGCAAAAAGUCCAUUAUAGAGGCACCUAAAGCCCAGGCCCAUUACCAUAUAGAAUACAAUCUUCUUCCUGUUGAACAUGAGCCAGUCAAAGUAGACAUGGUGAUGUAUGGCUUGGUGGCAAAGGUUUAUAUGGAUAAUGAGACAAAGGUGGUAAAGGCAUGGCAGGAGGGUGAUAACAUUUGGCUGGGCUGGACUCAGUCUGUAAAGCUCAAUGUGACCAGAGAGCUGCUCAUAAAGUUGUCAUCGCAUAAAGUAACCUUCAGGCUGUGGGACACUAAGGACAGAGUGUCUUCUAAAGCAAAAUAUGACAGACCCAAAGCCUUCAGAUUGGCAAAGGGAAGCAGGGUGGAGGAUCCAGACCAAAAAGGUGCUAGCCAGAACUGUGAACCGAAACGUGCAGGUGGCAUAAAGGGUAUGGUGCUUAGGUUACGAGCUCUUUAUGAGAAGCAGCAUCCCAAAAAAUACCAAAAUGAUGUCAUAACAACGGACUACAUACAGCCUUCAAAACUGAAGUAUGACACAGAUGAUCCCAGACUGCCCAAUAUGGAAGCAAGUGGAGUCAGUGAGAAACCUGUGUCACCUGUAGUUAGGAAUGCUGAUGUAUUGCUGGCACAAGAAGCAGCAUAUUCCAAACAAAGCUAUGGAGGAAAGCAGAGUCCUAAACCAACUGGUCCCAAAAGCACCACACCUAAAGCCAGAUCAGCGGAUCAAGAAAAGUACAUGGCUUUGUCAAAGUUACUGCAGAAACGAUCAUUAGGAAGAUCAUCAGAAACUAAAGGUUGCAAGGACAGUACAACGAUCUACUCUGCAAAGAGUGGCACAUUGAAGGGCAGCAGCUUGAUGGUGUCUAAAAAGAAACAUGUUCAGAAAACCAUCCAGGAGACAUUAAAAGAAAAUGACAUAUGCCAAAAUGGUGUUGCCUCUGCGGAGUUCAAAGUCAUGUAUUUUCUUGCAGGAGAGAUGUCGCUGACAGACUGUAUGAUGACCCGCUAUGGAAGAGAGUUUAAGGUCUUGUGCAGCAUCGCUCUGGAUCAACCGCUUUUGUCUGAAGAACUUAAAGCUGAACUCAACCCACUGGCAAUCACAAUCUUUUCAGCAUCUUCUCUGCCAUCUAGUCCUGUGUCAUUCAAUGAGCUUGAGCAUAAAUGCAUGCCUGUUUACUGCCAGUACAAGUUCCACAACUUGCCUGCCCACAGGACCAAAGGGUUAAAUCACGGAUCAAAAAUAUAUUUCAAUGAUGUGAAUGUGAUCCUCACUGGCCUCCUUAGGAGAGAAGAGCUGCUUGAGUUUCUUAGGGGACCACCAUUGGAAAUUGAGGUUCAUGACCGUGAUAGGAAAGCUGAAGAAAUUGCUUCUAGUCCAGCAAUAUUUGGCACAGAGGCUACUGAUAGCAAAUUAGCCAGCACAGCUCUAGUCCCAACUAAACAGACAAUCUACAGCCCAUUUAGAGAGAUGAAGAAGCUUUGUGACCCAUGUGGUAUCGCCAAGCUAAACUUUUCUAAACUCCUCAAAGGAUACAGGUAUCUAAAGCUCAACCUCCCUAUAAGAGCUUCCUAUUCAGUACAAAGGCUGUCCGAUGACAAGAAUGACUGCAAGGAAAAUGAGCCUGAGACAGCAGGUGCUCUAAAUUCCCAGCACAAUUCUGUGCCAGCUGGUCAUUAUCUCAAAGCCAACUCUGUGCUCAAGGUGCAGGUUGAAAUAGCACACCCACUUAAUUCUGACAAAACUGAAGAGUCUUUCCCAUUUGGCCGCAUAAUUUACAUUUUGAAAUACAAUACUGAAUUUUUGGAAAAAUUGGAGGCUGAAAUUUUGAGAAUCAACACGGUGGCAUUUCAUGUACAAUGCUAUAACAAAGAAACAGCUCAAAGAAUCUUACAGGGUUAUACAAUGGAUGCCACAGAAAGAGAAAACAAAUACUUAAAUGCUUUAACAGGCUUUCACAUCAUUGAUAAGGAUCUACAUCUUUUUGUACUGGAAGGACUAAAGGAUGAAGCCAUCAAAACGCUCUGGGAAACAGUGCCUUUUAAGUUGGUUGAGGAUCUAGAAGAGAGACACAUCAAAGUUCUUUAUAACUCAGGUCUGAGCUUUUCAAAGAGGCUCUAUGGCAUUCUGGAUGUUGGAAUGAGUUCAGUUCAUCUCCAAGAAUCACUAGAGACCAUCAUAAAAGAACCUCUUUUGUAUAUCAGGGAUACAGUUCCCUACACCUGCCUACAAGCCAUGUUACGAAUUAAUCACAUGUGCAAAGUGAGUAAACUUGAAGAAGUGGUUCAAAACAACAUGUUCCCAUCAGCUGAAAUGGUUCAAAGCUUGAGGAAUGAGUUUGGAAUCGUUCCUAGCAGAGAGGUAGAGAGACCAAUUCCAGACAGCAUCAAGGGAAAGGUUAUUAUCCAUCCUCAUGUGUCAGAGAGGAGGACAUAUACACCCAUCGACAACUACAAUAAAGAGUAUCUGUCUUGGAAACAGAAUCAAUCAAAUGAAGGGCUUUACUCCAAAAACUAUAUACAGGCCAACAUUGAGGACAUACAAAGAGCAUCAAGUGCUUUACAGAAGCAAAAACCAACAGUGUUUGUAGCUAAAGUGGAAGAUGGUCAGCCUGUGUACAACUACAGUAUUCAGAAAAUGAACAGCACCAGUCUGGCUAAAGAGCUAAUGUAUAAGGAAAUGGCAAAGGAGCCAACUCGCAGGUUCACCUAUAGUCAGGAUUACCACUCUUUCACAGUGGUCCCUGUGGACAUAGAGGCUGAGCGUAAGGCUGAGGAGGCCACGUCUCGCGCUGCAUGGCGUUCUCCCGAUGGCAUCGUCUAUUAUGAUUUCAAGAAUAGCCUAGAGUCCAACCAACACCCCAAACACCCCGACAAGGCUCGGUUGGAAGAGCUUAGAAAGCCCUGGAAAGAGAACAUUCUUCAUGACAACAUACUUAAGCCAUUCCUCGACAGGAACAGAUUUCCUUGGAGCAAACGCCACAAAGACUUUGAGCUUUACAGGAAACCACCUGCUGUAUUAGGGCAAGAACUCCCACUUACUAUUCACCUCGCAGGAGAAGCUCUGCAUCAGGAACAGCUUCAAGCUGCACAUGCUCAGUUCACCAGAUGGCUCAGCAAAAUUUUGCCUGAUAAGAAAUCUGCAAGUUGCAGCCGGAUUUCAGAUUUCAAAUGCUAUAUGCGAAAAGCAGGCCUGGAUAAACUUCAUGAUAUUCUAAAAGACAAGCCUAUGAAGCGAUCUCUGAGGGCAUGGAAUGGAUCAUUGCCCUUGCCAUAUACUGACACAAAAAAGGAAGAAGAACUGCACAUUUCAUCACACACACAGACAAAGUGCCAGUUUAGGUGAGUAAAAAUUUAUUCCAACCUUUGGAUUUGAGCACAAACUUAAAAAAAAUAUUACUAUAGAUUAAUGGCUAAGAAAAAAAAAGGAUAUUGUAUGAAGAAUGUUGCACAAAGUUUAAGAAACUAGAAACUGCAGUUUUCAAAAGGUUUUUUUUGUUUUCAACAGACGCUACUGGAGACCACACUCCUUUCAACACAAGCGAACUGCACUGCCACUCUCAGAUGUAGAAAAAAGUGUGUUUGUCUUCCAAAAACCUCAGAAUACCACCAUGAUGUACACAGAUUUGUCUAGUGCCCAUAGCAAGCGAAAGGUCAUAGAAAUGAGGACCUACAACAAUCUAGAGGUUUACAUAAAGUAACAAGGCUGGUACAGCGUCAGACUUCAGAGCUACUGUG